AAUAGCUGUCCGUUGGGCAGAAGAGCUAUGAUUAAAAACGUUAUUGGUUCGGGGAUUAUUGGCAGUUUGCGAAGUUACUCCCCUAGCUGGUUUCAAAUUAAUGAGAUAUUUUCGUAAGUAACAAAAUCUUUGUUUAAGUUCUUACAUUCCAAUGACCUAAACAGACUGUUUUUUAUGACUCAACAAUAUUUUUCUUAAUAAAACGAACUAUGUCCAUUAAUGGAUAUCGGCCAAAAUUUUGCGUUUUGUCUGCAGUUUGUGGCACUGUAGUUCAUGAAGCACAGCUAGCGGUCGUUAUACUCAUCUUCAGAUUUGCGCUUGUUUUGAUUGACUAUUUGCCGAAAUUAUUUAAAUUUUACUAAAGUAAAAUAUGGCUUUCUAAUUAAUAAGCCACAUUUUCAGGAAACCAAACAGACAAGCAAUGAUUGCCUAAGGACUCCUUUUGGUGAAUUUGCUUUCGUUAAUGUUGUUGGAUAGCAGUUCAAAGAUAUUUUCGUAUGGCACAUGAUUCGAUUCAGCGAUCUCAAGGAAUUUUUAAUUCUGAAGCCCAGUGUGUGGCGAAAAUACAAAGAAUCAUGCAUCAGUUGAAUUCCAUUUUCUUCACUUGGAGCCUCAACCUCGCACUCAUUUUAUUGAUUUUUGUUUUGCUGUGAAUGAAAUGUUACGUAAAAGUCUACUCGCAUGGCACUUUAGUUUAAUUCUACUGAUUGACAAUUCGAAUGGUUCAGAUAUCGGACGGGAAUAUCCUCCCAGCCCAUAUUCUUCAGAAUUUAGAAAAUGUGGAAUUGAUAAAAAGGGAUAUAUUUGUGAUCCUGAACUAAUUCUCUCUGAUCAAGCUAGACAAUCGCUAAAUGAGCUAUUGUUACAGUAUCCUCGAGAGACACCAUGUUUGUGUCAUCCAUGCUAUCGAAAUGAAGCCAAUUUAAAUGCCAGACUUGUUGCUUCUGCCUUUGUGACCAAGAGACCUCCAAAUGAAACUAUUUCAUUGAUAAGAUAUGCAGAAGGCAUACAUAACAAGUGGAGAAUCGGUCAGUGUAAUGGGAAUGAUGUGUUAAUCUUAAUCACUGAUAAAAGUAUACAUAUUUCGUAUGGAUCAAUAGUUGCGCGCACUUUAAAUUCAGAAUGUACACGACGCCUAAGCGGUCGUUAUGAUUCAAAUAAAGAAAUCGCUACCAACAUUCGUCAAACAGUGUUUAUUUUACGUGAAUAUUUCCUAGAUCCAUGUUUAUGUCGACCGUGUAAAACUGCCUAUUCAUGGUUUAAAAUUCCCGCCAUGCUUUUAGCAUGCUUCUGUUUAUUAACAUGGUUAAGUCUUGUUGGUCGUAGAGCCUAUCUACGCCGUAAUCUGCAUACACGUCCAUACUGUUCACUGUCUGAUCUGACGUAUACAAGUACUAACCGACAAUACUACUCUCGACCGUCGUCACGUUCUGGACGUGCUAGAAUUCAUGGAAUCACACCACCGUUUAAUUUAUGGGAGACACGAUCAUAUCGUUCAAACAGUCUACAUGGUAUUGAAAAUGUCAAUAAUUCGAACUGGCGAAAUUUUUCAUCUUAUUUUGGUCGAUCCAACGGUCUGUACUCAGAUGGAUUUCGGAGUACACCUCCACCCCCUGCGUACUCCAGCCUAAAGCAUAUCAUUCAACCUCCGCCUGCGUAUUCAGAAAUUCAGUCGAUUGAUUUAUCUAAACAGUGUGUCAAUCCACCAACAAAUAACACUGAUGUAUCGCCGGAAGUCUUAGACAACUCUCCGCGACAAGAGCAAUUGCAAACAACCUUGACGACAAUUACAACUUCGCCUCCCUCUUAUUCAGAGGUGGUUUUAUCUCGUUCUAUCGAUCGUCAGGUUAUACAGGCUGAGAGUUCCAGUGAAACAGAAGCGCACACAUCAAGUACUGAUACAGUGAACACACCCGCCAAUCCACAAUCUUCUUCGUCAUGAAUAAAAUUAAUUGUCAAAACAUAUAGAACCUUUUAUCGCAUUCUUUCACUUAUUUUUGUCCUGUCUGUUCAGUUGUGCGUGUGUGUGUUUUCUCUCUCGCUUAAUCUGUGAUGUAAUUUCCAUUCUGACUUCAGUUUCCCACUUUUGCAUUAUUAUUGUGCACAAAUUUCGAUGAAACUGGCUAGAAAGCGAAUAAAAUAAAUUUAUCUUCUCCUUCAGUGGUGAGAUAUCUUCUGCAGUAUACAUAAAUAUAAUAUUAGUUUUUCUUUUUUCACUCAGCUGAUGUGAUCGCUAUUCUCUUUCUGUUGUAUCAGUGCUCCUCUCUCUCUCGUUCGUAUUCUGUGUGUUUUUUUUGUCCAAAAUGUACAAAAUGAUAAUUAUUGUUUCCCUUUUUUGAAUUUUAAUAUUUUCUAUAAAUCAAGGUUGUUCUUUCUCUUCUCCUACUCUAGUCAAUAGUUUACCUACCCCAUAUUAAUUACAGUGUGUAGCUCGUGCAGAGAGAGAGAGAUGGUCAGUUAAAUUUGUUAUUUAUCAUUUUGUGUGAGGCAGGCAAAUUUUCAGUGGUAAAUCUGCAUGAGAUUUAUUGGAAUGUGCGUGUAUGUGUGUCCGUUACUUUUUGCGUUCGCUGUCUCUGUCACUUUUAGCAGCUUCUUUCAAGUCUUCACGAUUGUCUGCGAUUCUGAUGCCUAUAAGUAAAAGCUUAGCUUAAUGGUGCUGUUGCACACUAAGCAAUUCAGUGUCUUGAAGGGAUAACGAGCUGAAAGUAACUGUAUGUGAACAGAAAGUGUAAUCGGGCAUUUGAUGUAUAAAGAAUUAGCUAGACUACAAGCAGUAUUAUCAGGGAUCAUGGAAUACUUUUAGAGUUAUUUGAGCUUAUUAGCUUAUGAAAACAUCUCACUUGAUAGUAGAUAUACGAAAGUGUAGUCAGCUUCAAUGUAGACUGAAGAAGACUGUUAUUCGUAGAUGACCCUAAUCUGUCUCAAACUAGGACGAAACAGCUGUCC